UGUUUUCCAUCUACCUCUGUACAUCCUGGACCAUCUUUUACAGCGAACGUAUCCACAUCAGCACCAAGUCCAAUCCCACUAAGUCCAGGAAAGAAAUGCAGCUUCCAAAACAACUGUCAUAUGAAAGAUGCUUUUGCAUCAGUGAAGACAAGCUGUCAACGUAACCGAAGAAGUGUCAACUUCGUGUCCUCUGGGCUUCUUCCCGUGCGGCAACCUGAGCACGUGCCUGCCGCAAGUGCUGCACUGCAACGGCGCCGACGAUUGCGGGAACCAAGCGGACGAGGAGAAUUGCGGAGAUAACAACGGAUGGCCUCAUCUCUUUGACAAGUACUUCGGAAUGCCCAACCACAACACCAGAACCAAGUCAACCGCGUGCUUGCUGGGCCUCAUUCCUGAGCUUUGCCAAUGUGAGGACCUGGAGCUGGACUGUGACGCGGCGCAGCUUCACGACAUUCCGGUGGUGGCUGUGAACAUCACCAAGAUGUCCCUACAGCGGAACCAUCUGCAGAGGCUGAAGGCCAACUCCUUCAUAAUAUACCACAGUCUGCAGAAACUAUACCUCCAACACAAUGAAAUUGAAGAUGUGAAUCCAGCUGCUUUCAGGGGACUGUAUAAUCUCACCAGGCUAUAUCUGAACUACAACAGAAUUUCCGUGCUGAUGCCUGGGGUGUUCAGUGACCUGCACAAGCUGGAGUGGUUAAUCUUGGAGAACAACAACAUCCAUCACAUUUCUUCUAAAGCCUUUUCAGGGCUCAACUCCUUGGUCUUGCUGGCUUUGUUGAACAACACUCUGACAAAGCUGGAUGACAUCUGUCGCGAGAUGGCAAGACUCAACUGGCUGGACUUGGAAGGUAAUCUGAUCGAGACCUUGGAGAAUGUAUCGUUCUACUCAUGCAGUAUGCUGACAGUCUUGGUUUUGCAACGCAACAGGAUCAGCCACAUACAUGAGCAAGCUUUUUCAGUCCUCCGAAAGCUCGGAGAAUUGGAUCUUUCCAGCAACAGACUGAAGAAGAUUCCACCUAAUCUGUUUGUCCUUCUGGGGGAUUUGCUUCAACUAAACAUCUCAUACAAUCCCAUCGUGGAGCUGCAUGUAGACCACUUUGACAAAUUGCAUAAACUGAAGUCAUUGAGCAUCGAGGGCAUCGAAAUAACCGACAUCCAAAGUCGGAUGUUUGAGCCUCUUAAACACCUGACCCACAUCUACUUCAAGAAGUUCCAGUACUGCGGUUACGCGCCUCACGUGCGAAGCUGCAAGCCAAACACAGAUGGAAUCUCGUCCUUUGAGGACCUGCUAGCUAACAUCGUUUUGAGGGUCUUUGUCUGGGUGGUCUCGGCCACCACCUGCUUUGGCAACAUCUUCGUCAUCUGUAUGCGCUCGUACAUCCGUUCGGAGAACAAGCUCCACGCAAUGUGCAUCAUCUCCCUGUGCUGCGCAGACGGGUUGAUGGGCAUCUACUUAUUCAUGAUCGGUGCGUACGAUCUGAAGUUCCGUGGAGAGUACAACCGCCACGCCCAGGCUUGGAUGGACAGCGGCCAGUGCCAGAUAAUCGGUUCCCUGGCAAUGGUGUCCACCGAAGUGUCGGUCCUGCUGCUCACCUACCUGACUUUGGAGAAGUACAUCUGCAUCGUGUACCCCUUCCGCUACCUGACGCCAGGUUUGCGGCGUACAGUCACGGUGCUCCUCGGUAUCUGGGUUUUUGGUUUCAUGGUGGCCUUCCUCCCACUGGCCUGCAAGGGGCUUUUCCGGAAUUUCUACGGUACCAACGGUGUGUGCUUCCCCCUGCACUCUGAGCAGCCUGAGACGCUAUGGGCGCACGUUUACUCCAUCGUCAUCUUCUUGGGUCUGAACCUGGUGGCAUUCCUGAUCAUCGUGCUGUCGUACGCUAGCAUGUUCUACAACAUUCAGCGCACGGGGACCCAGACUACCAAGUACAGCAACCACAUCAAAAAGGAGGUCACCAUCGCCAAACGCUUCUUCUCCAUUGUCAUCACAGACUCUCUCUGCUGGAUCCCCAUUUUCAUCCUCAAGAUCUUGUCCCUGCUGCAGGUGGAGAUUCCCGGCACGAUUACCUCGUGGGUUGUAAUAUUCAUCCUGCCCAUUAACAGUGCCCUUAACCCCAUCCUUUACACGCUGACCACCCGUCCCUUCAAGGAAACCUUGAUGCAGGUGUGGGCCAACUAUAGGCAGCGAAGGCCUGCAGUGGCCAGCCACCCCAUCCAUCAGCCCUCGCUCACCUGGCAGGAAAUGUGGCCCCUGCAGGACUCCUGCCCGACGGUGGGAGGUAUUCAAAACACGAGUGACGCACCACCCACCAAGCUCACUGCCCCUGAGGAAAAUGACAAUGGCGUCCCCGUAUGAAUCGAAAACGUCGGCGGAACGUCCGCCGAGGCUGAAAAAUCCUCAACAUGUGCCGGGUUACGCCAUUCCACUCCAGUCCUGUAGGUGGCGAGUCACAAAGCAGGGUGACUGAUGGUUUUCCUGGCGCAGACGCAAGUACGCUAUGGCGUUGACAAGUGAUUUCGACUUCAACACUGGGUUUUCUUUGUGGCUUUGCUAAUGUUUAAAAAAGUCAAGGUUUGGAAACACACUUUCAGUGCUUCGUGAUACCACACUAUGGGUUAAAACCAGGUUCAAAGUCGGGCUGAAAGGAGUAUUUUUUAUUUUUUUAACAAACAACAAAAACGCAAUCCCCGUCAUUCUUGUUUACAAUGAAAGGGCAGGAUUUAAUGUUUAGUGUCAAAGAAAGUUAUUUCCAUUUACUGUGGCCUUGGACACAAAAGAUGUUUUCGUAGGUAGUAAUUGGUUUUGCACAGCUACAAAGAAGGGGGUAAUACAAGUUCAUUACUUGUGCAAGACUGUCAUUAGUUUAUUUGCUUUUUUUUUUUAAGAAAAGGAUUGAUAUUUCUUCGAAUGAAAUCAAUGCUAUUCAUAGGAUGUAUAUACAUACAAGCAACAAUAUAUGCGCACAAUUAAUACACAAGUUCCAGAGUCAUAAAAACUUUCAUAACUGUAGGAUAUGGUUCUACAUUCCUGUUAUGUUGUGUAACAAAUUGGCACAAAUACGGAGUACAUUCGCUUGGACCCAUUUUUAAAAAAUAUUUAUUUUUAUUGUAGUAUUUAUUUAUUUAAUUUACUAUUAUUAUAAUUAUUAUGUUUGAAUAAUUAAAUGCCUAAAUGUAAAUCAGAUUAUAGUGACAUUUAGAGAAUUUUAUUAUACCAAAAUUGGACAUAUUGUAAAAAUAGAUUUUGAAGAGGUGGGGGGCCAACCUGUUAGUGCUCAGACCAUACGCCGCACUCUACAUCAAAUUAGUGUGCAUGGCUGUCCAGAGGCGUCGCAUCCCAUUAGGCAAACCAGGCAAUUGCCCCAGCCGGCAGGGGCCCCCAGACGGCCAACAGAUUUAGCACACGCAGUUUUUUUUUUUUUUUGCAGUGCCAAGUGCGACAGUGCCAGUAAAAGCCUUGUGUCUGAGUUCCCUGAAGGGGCCCCUUCACUCGCUCUACCCCCCACGUGCCGCAGAGUGAGAGUGAGCGGCGAUUUGGCUUUUUUUAAAUUGCCGUAUAUCCAAAAUGAAGAGAAGUUAUCCUUCUGGAAGUGACAUAAGAAAGCAGAAGAGGAGAGCAAGCAAGACAGCGGUGAGUGUACAAUGUAAAUGUAGUUUUAUGUCCGAAUGUAGUAGAAGCCGGGCACUUUGGGUGUCCUAAAAAAGUGCUCUAUGAGACUGAGGUGUUAUUAUACUUUUAUUAAAUAUGCUAUUGCUCCAAGUUCAACUGUCCCCCUUACUUGCACACGCUCGAAGAGCUCCAUGUUGCGUGUUGCCUGGGGACCCUUGCUAUGCCACUGUGGCUGUCACCCCAGGAGGAAGCCUCUUCUGAAGACGAUACACAAGAAACCCCGCCCGUCUCAUCAGACCAUAGGACAUGGUUCCAGUAAUCCAUGUGCUUUGUUGACAUGUCUUCAGCAAAUUGUUUGCGGGCUUUUUUGUGUACAGUCUUCAGAAGAGGCUUCCUCCUGGGGUGACAGC